AUGGCGGCAGCCGAGGGAAAAGUGCACACUCAGGUCAAGUCAUCCACGAUGGGACGCUUCCUGACAUUGGCAGAUUCGGUCAUCCGCCCGGGUGCUCAAUUGCAGGCCAGGGACGGCCUUGUGGGCGAGUGCACCAACGUCGGCCUCAUUAGUGCCCUGAUGCUUACCAUGGUGGUCCCCAUGACAUAUGAGAAUGUGGCAGACUGGCUGGAAGAAGAUUACCCAGGCAGCGGCCAUCUCUUCGUGGACAGCUACCUUGGCCAGCUUGCCGGUGAAGACGCCGUCGCGAAGGCCGCGCCCAUCCUGAACGACGUCGCCAUGAUAUUCUACCUGAUUGGCUUUGCCGGCUUUCUUUGUUCAACCAUAUCGACUGUGCUUAUCUUGCUGUGUGUGGGUGAGCUUCAGACUGAGAUGGGCUGCCAGCAGUUCAUGAAGCGCGUGGGGGACUUCACGCGGAUGCCGUACCUCUUCUUCAUGGUUGGCUUUUACUACGCCUUUGCUGCCCUCAUCCGCUACCUCGUUACGGUGAAGACACUGGGGGGUCUCAUCUGCCUGUGCAUCGGCAUGCUCCUCUUCGCUCCCUGUAUCGCCUUAACCUGCUGCUUCUUUGUUAGAUGCUGCAUUCGGGCACACAACUGCAUGAACGAGUUCGAGGAGUUGCACCUCGCUGAUUCGGAGGUCGACGAAGAUGUGGAUGCAUGGUUUGCGCACAACUCACGGACGCGGACUUUGGAGCAAUGCUUGAUCGACCUGUCGGGACUGGCGCCGGAGAGCGAUCUCCUCAUCAAGCUGGAUGGUAUCAGUCAGGAGCGCGUGUCGAUCCAGUUCCACAAGAAGCAUGCGAAGAGCCUCAAGAUCGACCUGUCGCCAGCGGACUUGUACCGGUUGGCGUGCGACCGGCCCUCUACAUACUGA